AUGCGACAUUUGGAAGGAGUUCAAAAUCCUUUACCUGCAUCAGAGUACAACUUUUAUGUUCUAAUUGAGACAACAGGGAGUGAUGAAUCGUAUGACAAAACAAAACUGGAAGCUUUUUUGUUGCGUUCAAUGGAAGAUGGUCUGGUUUCUGAUGGAGUCAUAGCGCAGGAUAUCAGCCAAGCAUCAAACUUCUGGCGUAUCCGUGAGGGUAUAUCAGAGGCGUCUGUCAAAGUUGGGGCUGUGUACAAAUAUGACUUGUCCAUACCUGUAGAGAAGCUCUAUGAUAUUGUUGAAGAAAUGCGCUGUCGUCUUGGUGAUAAUGCAGAGGUAUUGGGCUAUGGCCACCUUGGAGAUGGGACUCUGCAUUUAAACAUCGUAUCAAGCAAAUACGAUGACAGUACUCUUGGACAAAUUGAACCAUUUGUCUACGAGUGGACUUCAGCACAAAGAGGAAGCAUCAGUGCAGAGCAUGGUUUGGGGCUAAUGAAAGCAGAGAAGAUUCACUACAGCAAAUCACCAGAAGCCGUGCAACUAAUGGCCUCCAUCAAGAAGUUGCUGGACCCCAAUUCAAUCCUGAACCCCUACAAGGUUCUGCCGCAGUCUGUACUGUAG